AUGGCUGCAAGAGGAAACGCAAUCCCCGACCUAACUAACCGGCCCCAUGGAGAUGGCAUGACCGCCGUCGAAGCCGCUGCACUUAAUGUUCCCCGUUCCAACUGGCACGUCUGCACAACUAUGCCCACAUAUGACCUCCUAAACGGGGAUAUACAUUCGAUCACGCCUCUCCUGAUAAAGCCACCGCUAGAUCCGAUGUACCAUUGGGUCAAGGUGGCAGGCCAUCAUUGUGAAGACGCCAUGUUUCUGAUGGACGCUUACAUCAGGUCUCACUUUGUCCAUAUUAUGACCACAAAACCUGCGUUUGUAACUGAUGCCAUUGCCAGGAAGAUGGCCAUAGUCUUGGGAGUGGUACGAGCUGUUUCCACAGGGUUAUAUAGUCUGACUGAUGCAAACCUGAUUCCGGAAGAAACUAGGGAGCCCAUAUACAAUGCCGUCAAGACCCAACACAACGAGGGGGUUAUGUCUGUCCUCCCUGGAUGGAAUGGUGGUCAGAAUAAUCUCUUGACGAUUUCUUUGAACUUCACUCCUGAGGAACAGGCGGCCAUCACUGCCAUUGUCCACUGUGCUGCUGGUGUCAUCCCAAUACAGGGUUACAACCUCAUCAAGACCGGCCACAACUACCUUAGUACAGCUGAGGGUGCAUGUCGAAAGGCAGUUAGACCUGCGGAGAUGGCCUACCUUAGCGGCGCUGGGGCAUGGUACACAGAGGACCAGGAGAAGAUACAGGACUGGCUAUGGCAUAAGAGUACUCAUCCAGUCACUAUUCUGCUCAAGUACACGGCUGCAAUGGACAUUACAAUCUCAGAGAAGCUAAGAAAUGCAGGCUCUGGUGCAUGUGCUUCCAGGCUCCCUACUUUUGAACCAUCUCUGAAUGAAGCCAAUAUCGUGUAUAAACUCUUGGCGACUGUGGCACCCAUGCUGGAUACAUAUGGUGGAGGCAUUGACACACACGAACUUGCAGAGAUGAUUGAGGUGGUGAAUUCAUACAAGCCGCUGGUCCAGAACCCGCCAGUGCCUCCAUGCCUACCUGCCAAGUACGCCAACGUCAUAACCAACAGGGCAAGUGCAAUCGAGAUACUAGAUAAGAUGGUGAAAAGUAACCUGAACAUGAUCUGCUGGGCAUAUGGCUUCUAUUGUGCACAUACUGACAAAGGUCCCAUAGCUAGAGACACUCUCAGGAUGUCUCCCUGCCUUAAGCGCCUAAGCAACAAAUGCAACUCGAUGUACAAUGAAGGGAUCAAUGCCUAUUCGGCCUAUGAGGAGGCUCAGGCCAAGAGGAGGGCUACUUCGGUGUUUGUGGCACCAAGGUUUUCUUAUAAAUAG